CUUACUCAAUCCACGACUGAAUACUGAGAUAGAGAAGACUUGUGUGCACUUCAACUUACAGAGUUUCGACAUGCCUUCGGUGGGACUGGAGAUACUUGGAGUGAGUCUAGCUGUCCUAGGAUGGAUCUCGGCCAUUGUGUCCUGCGCCUUGCCCAUGUGGAGAGUGUCAGCUUUCAUUGGGGUGAACAUCGUCACAGCGCAGACCACAUGGGAAGGCAUCUGGAUGAACUGCGUGGUCCAGAGCACAGGUCAGAUGCAGUGUAAAAUCCACGACUCCAUGUUGGCUCUAACCGCAGAUCUCCAGGCCGCCCGCGCCCUCACUAUCAUCUCCAUCGUGCUGGGCAUCGUUGGAGUCCUGGUGGCCAUAAUGGGGGCAAAAUGCACCAACUGUGUGGAUGAAGAGUCAGCCAAGGCUCAGGUGGUGAUAGCCGCUGGGGUGGCCUUCAUCCUGGCUUCUCUGACCCAGCUGAUCCCUGUGUCGUGGUCAGCCCAUACUAUCAUCAUAGAGUUCUACAAUCCAAUUAUUCCUGAGUCACAGAAGAGGGAGAUAGGUGGGGCUCUGUACCUGGGCUGGGCUGCAGCCGCAUUUCUGCUCAUUGGAGGUUGCAUCCUCUGCUCUAGUUGUCCCCCGCAACCUGAGAAAAGGUAUGGGCCACCAUCAAAGAUGAUGUACUCCCAAACCAGGUCGCUCGCUCCAAGUGGUUACGAUAGGAGAGACUAUGUCUGAACCUGCACCUGCUCUGUUCCCGCCCAUUAGCCAUCAUGAAAAAGACUGCUCAGAGAGAACCAGAGAGGACAGUCAUUUGUUUAUAACUUAUACACACCUGUCUUUAUGUUAAGAUGGAGAAAACUCCAAUAUUCAUGCCACAAGAUAAAGUAAGCCCUUUUGUACCGAGCCUACAUCCAAACUUGUUUUUUCUGUUAAAUGUUUUGUGUGUAGCUUUGAGGCUGUUGGAAGCACUGAGUGAAACUAUAUGUUCGUG